ACCUAAAUUAGAAGAGGGGGGUAAACUGCUGGUUAAAAAAACACAAUUUAAAAGGCAUGUCAGCAUGUGUUAUAGAGUUUAGGUUUAAUUUUACAGACAUGAAAAACAAGAGAAAUAUAUUUGUUGAUCUAAUACUUAAUUGAUCCCAUCAAUGCAACAACAUCUCAGGAUACUUUGAAAUUUUUGUCUUUACAGUGACCUUUGAUCUAAGAAAUGGAGGACAAAACGUUCAACAUCUCUUAUCAGGAGUUCUACUUGAUUGGGUUCACGGAUCUGCAAGACUAUCGGCGAUAUCUUUUCAUUCCUUUUUUCCUCAUCUUUGCUUUCACAUUGUUUACUAACUCAAUUAUAAUCCUGGUGAUAGUGAAAGAAAGCAAGCUGCAUGCGCCCAUGUACAUUCUGAUUGGGUUUGUCGCAGCUCUUGGGUUUUUACAACCAAUAUUUGCUAUUCCAAGAAUAUUAAUCAGCUUUCUCUUUGGUAGAAAUAUGAUUUACAAAAGUGAAUGUCUUGUUCAAAUGUUUUGUCUGCAUAUGGCAGGUUGUUUCCAGUCGACGGUUUUGGUUGCGAUGGCAGUCGACAGAUUUUUCGCCAUCACAUUCCCCUUACAGUACCACUACUAUGUUAACUUGAAAACAUCAUUGAUAUUCGGUUUGGCUCUUUUUUUGCGCAACUUGGUGGUUGUUGUUUCAAUGGUGGGUUUAAUUGCGCCACUCCAAUUUUGUAAAACAAAUGUUAUUUACCAUUGUGUUUGUGAGCAUACAUCAGUUGUCAGUAUAGCCUGUGGUGAUGUGAGCAAGAACUACGCGGCUGGAACAGUGGCUUUCAGCAUAGUAACAGGCGAUUGCGUAUUUAUUAUGUGCUCUUACAUUGUUAUUUUUGUCAUCAUAUUCCGCUCUCCUCCUGGUGAUUCGCGACAAAAAGCCAUCAAUACAUGCAGCACGCAUUUAAUGGUCAUGGUGGUGGCCUAUUGUAGUUGUGUGGUUGCAUAUGUUGGCUAUAGGGUGUCUUCGAUACCAAGAGAUAUCCGUGUGUUAUGCACCAUGUCAUAUCUACUUUUUACAAACUUCUUUAAUCCUGUUAUCUAUGGAAUAAGAACAAAGGAAAUCAAAGCUCAGAUUGUUAAAUAUUUAUCCAAAAACAAGGUUGGUUCAUAUUAACUUUUCCAUUCCAAUUCAUUGUACACAAAGGGAAUUGUAUGUUGUUAGUUUGUAUGAUGUACAGUACCUGUGUAAUUUCAGUACUAUGCCUAAGCAUUGUCUAGUGUUUUUUUGGAUUAAAGUUUUGAUUUAUAUAUCAGGGAGCCUGUCUAUUUAAAAAAUAUAAAAACAAAAAACCUAAUUUGCAGACAAA